GGUAAUUCUAGCAACCCGUUCUUCUCUCCCUCUCUUUGCUCAUAUCACCGUGCUCCUCGCCGUCGCCACCAUCUUCGUUCUUCCCUCACUCUCUUUUCCCCUCUCUUUAUUCAUCGCGACCGUGCUCCUAGGUAUUCCCUCUCCCUCUCUCUCUAUUAUUGAGAAGAACUCCAGCCCUAAUUUUCAAUUUAAAUGUUCUUCCAUUUGACUUCUUCUGUUUGGUUUGGCAGAAAUGCAUCAAUGGUCCUCUGUUAUGCAAUUUUAGCAUAGUUCUUGGUCUUGGGAAACUUUCAAAUCCAUCAAGAAGUGGGGCACUUACUUUUUGCAAAUUAAGAAAUUGAGGAUAGUUCUGUUUUCGUUUAACCGAACUGAAGCUGAACUGUUGGCGAUUCUGGUGUUGCCUGCGCCAAGCUCUCAUCUGCCCCUCCUUUCUCGGCACAGGCCCAUUCACCCAGAUUUGCCGUGGCUUGGGAUUGAACUAUAGCUUUAGAGUGUACUGUUCCAAACAAGUAUAGUUUCGCCUAUAUUCCUUCCAAGUUCAUCUUAUUCAAUUAGAGAAGUUGAUAUCUUUUGUUGUUCUAAUCUGAACAUGGCAGAUUCAGGUGAAUCUCAGCAGCCUGAACCAGUGUGUAAUUUUUUCAGAAAGCCUUUGAAGAACAAGAAUAUUAGAAAGAGAACAGUUGAGGAAGAUGAAGAUGAGGAUUCAAAAUCUGGAAGCUCCUUGCUCCAAAUUCAGAAAAAAGUCCCAAAACUUGAUAAUAAGUUGUUCUUUUCUACUGGACCUUCCAAAAGUUCAAUGUCCACUGAAUCUACUGUUGAAUCUAAUCGAUCAGUCUUUCAAUUUGAGUCUUCAAAGGAAAUUCAAGUUCAACAUGAUAGUAGAGCAACAUCAACUCUAGAAACUGAGACCGAGUUCUCAAAAGAUGCUCGGGCAAUUCGUGAGAGGGCUCUUAAGCAAGCAGAGGAGGCAUUGAAGGGUAAAAAUCCAAGCUCUGGUAAUGAAAAGGUGUAUAAAGGAAUUCAUAGGUAUACUGAUCAUAAAGCUGGGUUUCGAAGAGAGCAAACAAUUUCAAGUGAAAAAGCAGGUGGAGCUCAUGGUCCUCUUAGGGCCUCUGCUCAUAUUAGGGUGUCAGCGAGAUUUGAUUAUCAGCCAGACAUUUGCAAGGAUUACAAAGAAACUGGUUACUGUGGGUAUGGAGAUGCAUGUAAAUUUAUGCAUGAUCGAGGGGAUUAUAAGCCUGGUUGGCAGCUGGAGAAGGAGUGGGAAGAGGCAGAAAAGAUAAGGAAGAGAAACUUGGCUUUGGGGGAGGAUGGUGGUGGUAGUAUAGAACAGAGUGAUGAAGAUGAAGAUGAUGAUGAUUCAUUGCCAUUUGCGUGUUUCAUUUGUCGGCAGCCUUUUGUGGAUCCUGUUGUGACUAAAUGCAAGCACUACUUCUGUGAGCAUUGUGCUUUGAAGCACCAUGCAAAGAACAAGAAAUGUUUUGUGUGCAACCAACCUACACUUGGCAUUUUCAAUGCAGCCCAUGAAAUACGCAAAAAGAUGGCUGCUGAGGGUAAAUGAUACAUUUUCUGAUCCAAGAUCAUGAAGAUAUGAACAUGUUUUAAUGCCAUUUCUAGGUAAUUCUGUUUUCAUAGGUUAAUGUUGAAGAGGAAGUUUAUUUUUCAGGAUUCUUUAAUGCUCGCACUUCUCAUUUUGAAACAGCCACCACCAUAGUGUGGUUUUUUGUACUUAGCCUAUAAAGUAACUAUGAAUGUGGUAAACUGUAAUGAUUGGAUUAAUUAUCUUAAUUUGAAUGAUAUACUUGUAAAUAGCUCUUCAUAGCAUGAAUUGAGCCUUUUUUUUUCCUUUGUUUUCA